CUCAGUGCAUCUUUGUCGGGCUACAAUGGAGAAGCUAUUGUGGCUGGGUUGUUUGCACUUUCUGUGCAUCCUUGGAAGUCAAGGUAGGGGGGUGAAAAGACAGGAUGACUUUAUGCUUCUUGCAGGCCCCCUGGCACAACCUGAACUGAGAACCUUCAGCAAUGGGGAACAAGUUGCUUUUGACUGCAGUCAUCCCAUACCAGCCAACUCCAAACUGUAUUUUGAGUACCUCCGGAGCAAAGGGGUGACACACUUCAAAGUCCCUCUGUCUUGGGUCCAGCUCCUUCCAACAGGCCUCGCAAGCGAACCCCAACCAGGUGUAGUUAGCUGCUAUCAGACCCUCCUGAAGCAGCUGCUGGAGGAAGGGCUGCAGCCACUCGUCAUCCUUCAUGGGUCAGAUGUUCCAGAGUCUUUCAGGUCCAGGUAUGGUGGCUGGGAAAGUCAGUGGCUACUAGAGAUGUUUCAACAGUAUGCCGAGUUCACUCUGAAGGAGUUUGGGCCACUGGCACAGUCAUGGGUGACAUUUAGUGACCUGGAUGAGGUUUUGCAUGAGGGCCAGGCUGCAGGUGACCACCAUCUGCAAAACAUCCUCCAGCUGAACAAGAAGAUUUACCAGUUUUACCAUCACAACUUCCCUGGAAUUGGGAGACGUCUGUCAAUUGGGCUGAAAGGAAAAGAUGAAACUGCACUUUCCCAACUUAAAGGUUCAACAUCUGUUGACUUCUUGUCAGUUGACAUGGAUUACAGUUGCGCUUCAUCGACAAACUUUGCACAGGAGCUGAAGAACCUACAGAUUUCCACUGGAAAUCUGCCUGUCCUGAUACACAGACUGACAGUUCAUGAUUGUUCACACAAUGAAGAGCUUCUUCGAGACGUGUUGAAUGUCUUGCGCAGUGAUGAUCUAAAUAUCAUUGGAUGUGACAUGAAGAAUGUUUUGAUCCUGUUGGAGAUGCAGGACACUGUAGACAGUGGUGGAGCACAUCUAAGCAGAAAGCAAGGGCUGGGUAGCAGUGAUCAGAAGAUUGUGCAUGAGUCUGCAGCCAAAAGCACCGAAGACGGAGAUGUCACCACUAAAGCAUUCCCUGCCGGCUUCCAAUGGGCAACAUCCUCAGAGUCUUUCAAGGUUGAAGGUGCAUGGGCAGCAGAGGGGAAAGGCGAGACCAUCUGGGAUCGUUUUGGUCAUGAAAACCAAGCCUUUAAUAAUCAUACUGCUGACACAGCUGCUGACAGCUACAGAAAGGUCGAUAUAGAUGUCUACCUGCUGCGAGGUCUUGGAGUCAACACCUACCAGUUCUCCAUUUCCUGGGCCCGUAUAUUCCCCUCAGGUCUCAAAGACAGCCUGAAUGAAGAAGGAGCUCUCUACUAUGACAAUCUGAUCAAUGCUCUUAUUGAAUCUGGCAUACAGCCUGUUGCCACUCUCUACCAUUGGGAUCUGCCUCAGGCUCUCCAAGACAAUGGUGGAUGGACCAACCCUUCCAUUAUUGCAGCUUACAAGGACUAUGCAACCUUCUGCUUCAAUAGAUAUGGAAACAGGGUCAAGAGCUGGAACACAUUCAGUAGUCCGUGGGUGGUGAGCCAUGCUGGAUAUGGCACAGGUGUGCAUGCUCCAGGAAUAAAAGACUAUGUGACUGCUUCUUAUCAGGUUACUCAUAAUAUACUGAAAUCCCAUGCUGAAGCCUGGCAUGUCUACAAUGACAAUUACAGAAAGACACAGGGAGGGAAAGUGGGCAUUGCAUUAAACUCUGACUGGGCAGAACCUGCUGAUGCUAACAACCCUGAAGAUAAGGAAGCUGCAACACGCUACCUGGAGUUUAUGCUAGGCUGGUUUGCCCAUCCAAUCUUCAUAGAUGGGGAUUAUUCUGCAGUUCUCAAAGCUCAGAUUGCAAACAAAGCAAAAGAGUGUCCCUCAUCUGUGCCAGCAGUGCUUCCAACUUUCACUGAUGAAGAGAAGGCAAGGAUCAAGGGAACGUCUGACUUUUUUGGUUUAAAUCAUUAUACCUCCCGUUUAGUUAGCAGCAGUGCAGGUGGGUGCAUCCCUGGCCCUGCAGGAGUUGGAGACUUCCAGGCAAAAGUGGAUCCUUCAUGGCCUGCUACAGCAUCAGACUGGAUCUACUCCAUGCCCACAGGGCUACGGUCACUUCUGACCCACAUUAAAACAACAUAUCUAGCUGUUAACAAUGUGCCCAUUUACAUAACUGGGAAUGGCAUGCCAACAGAUGACAGUGGAGACACCCUGAAUGAUGUUAGCAGAAUAGAGUACAUGAGGGGUUACAUCAGUGCAGCCCUAAAUGCUAUUGAAGUCGAUAAAGUGGACGUGCAGCGAUUCACGGUGCAAUCACUUAUGGAUGGAUUUGAGGGAAAUAAAGGGUACAGUGAAAGAUUUGGACUUCACCAGGUUAAUUUUGUAGAUGGCUACAGACCAAGAACACCACGACAAUCAGCAUAUUUCUUUGCUCAGAUCAUCGAGCAAAAUGGUUUUGUUUCACGUAAACAAGAUCAUUUUGAAGGUGUGAAAAUAUCACCAUCUCGCCGUUCCACCCCACUGCCACCCUCAGAGGUCCCAUCAGCAUCAAAGGCUGUCUGGGAAAAAUUUACGCCACAGAAAAAGUUUGACAGGCAAAUGUAUCACUAUGGCAAAUUCUCACAAGACUUCUUAUGGGGCGUCUCAUCAUCAGCUUACCAGAUUGAGGGAGGAUAUAACCAGGAUGGGAAAGGACCCAGUGUAUGGGAUGUAGUCAGUAAUAACCCAGGUAGUGGUAUUCCUGAAGAUGUGAAUGGAAAUGUUGCCUGCGACAGUUACAAUAAACUUGAAGAAGACCUUUACAUGCUGCAAGCUAUGAAAGUGAAAUCAUACAGAUUUUCACUGUCAUGGUCCAGAAUCUUCCCCGAUGGUAGACGUGCAUCCCUGAACCAAAAGGGUGUUGAUUAUUACAACAGUCUUAUUAACGGCCUCUUGGCCAGAAAAAUCACCCCACUGGUCACAAUUUAUCACUGGGACCUCCCACAAGCUCUACAAGACAUUGGUGGCUGGCAAAACGUGGAGAUGAUUAACAUUUUUAAUGAUUAUUCUGACUUCUGCUUUGCCACUUUUGGCGACAGAGUAAAAUUCUGGAUGACCAUGAAUGACCCUCAAGGACUUGCAUGGUUAGGAUAUGGAACCGGACAAAUCCCUCCAAAAAUUAAGGAGCCAGGAACAGCACCAUACCAAGUUGCACAUAACUUGAUUAAAGCUCACGCUACAGCCUACCAUACAUAUAAUGAUAAAUAUCGUGCUUCUCAGGGAGGUAUGGUUUCCAUUGCCCUUAAUGCUGAAUGGGUUGAACCUAAAGACAUCAAUGUCCCUCGUGAUCUUGUUGCUGCUGACCGUGCAAUGCAGUUCAACGUGGGUUGGUUUGCCCAUCCAAUCUUCAAGAAUGGAGACUAUCCAGAGGCCAUGAAAGCCCAAGUUUUAGUUAAAAGUGAACUCCAAGGUCUUGAACAGUCAAGACUCCCUUCUUUCACAGAGGAGGAAAAGAACUUGAUUAAAGGAACUGCUGACAUGUUCUGUGUGAAUCACUACACCACCAGGCUAGUAACCCAUAUCACAGGUCUGCUGUCUCCACAUUCCUAUCGAAAUGACUGGGACUAUGAAGAAGAAGAGGUACUUGAUCAACCCACGACACCAAUUGGAUUCACAAGAGCUGUAUCAUUUGGCAUGAGAAGGAUUCUCAACUGGAUCAAGGAAGAAUAUGGAGAUCCAGAUAUUUACAUUACUGAAAAUUCAGUUGCCACUCCCAGGGAAUGGGCGUUUGAUGAAAUCGACAGAGUCUUCCUUCACAAAACCUAUAUUGAUGAGGCUCUUAAAGCCUAUGAGCUAGAUGGAGUCAAGGUGAAAGGCUAUGCAACAUAUCUCAUGGAUUCCUUCCAGUUCCUUUAUGGCUACCUCUUUGGCUUUGGUCUGCACCAUGUAGACUUCAGUAAUAUGCAUCGACCCAGAACACCUAAAUUUUCAGCUCAUUUCUAUUCCAAUAUCAUCAAGAACAAUGGUUUCCCAUUGACAGAAGAUGAAAAGAUGAUAUAUGGAAAAUUCAAAGAGGGUUUUAUUUGGAGUAGUGCAACUGCAUCAUACCAGAUUGAAGGGGCCUGGAGACAAGGCGGAAAAGGUCUCAGCAUCUGGGACAAGUUUACACACACUCCUGGAAAAAUAUCUGAGCACGAUACAGGGGACAUUGCUUGUAACAGUUACAAUAAGAUGGAAGACGACAUUGCUGCACUGAAGACAGUGAAGGUGUCUCACUAUCGCUUCUCCAUAUCCUGGCCACGAAUCCUACCAGACGGAACUACCAAGCACAUCAAUCAGGCUGGUCUAGAUUACUACAAGAAACUUCUGGAUUCCCUUCUUGCCGCAAACAUUCAGCCUCAAGUCACUUUGUACCACUGGGAUCUCCCACAAGCUCUACAGGACGUUGGAGGUUGGGAAAAUGAGACCAUCAUUCAAAGAUUCAAGGAAUAUGCGGAUGUUAUGUUUCAGCAUCUUGGUCCCAAAGUGAAACUUUGGAUCACUUUCAACGAGCCUUUCAUUAUAACUGUAUUAGGCCAUGUCCAAGGUGCACAUGCCCCAGGUUUCAAUGACAGACCAGACACUCUUCCAUACAUUGUGGGCCACAACAUAAUCAGAGCCCAUGCAGAGGCCUGGCAUGUCUACAAUGACAAAUACAGAGCCUCACAGGGAGGACAGGUCUCCAUCACUGUAAACUCAGACUGGGCAGAACCUAGAAACCCCUACAAGCAAGAGGACUAUGAAGCUGCACGAAAUGUGGUUGAGUUUUAUCUUGGCUGGUGGGUCCAUCCCAUUUUUAAUGGUGACUACAGCCCACUGGUGAAGAAAUCUGUUCUAGAACAAAGUCUUGCAGGUGGUUUGACAAAAUCCAGGCUGCCCGAGUUUACUCCUGAAGAAAUUAAGCGAAUUAAUGGCACAUAUGAUUAUUUUGGAUUAAACCAUUACUGCAGUGUCUUGGCAUUCCCUGUAGACUUUGGAACUACUCAACACUUUGAGGCAGACAGGGGUGUGGUGGUUAUUAGUGAUCGGACCUGGUUGGAAACAGGUUCUGUCUGGCUGAGGAUGACACCAUUUGGUCUCAGAAGAUUGUUGAAAUUCAUCAAGGACAAUUACAGAAAUCCUCCGAUUGUCAUCACUGAGAACGGUGUCUCUGAAAAUGGGCCAGUUGAUCUGAAUGACGUUCACAGGAAAUACUAUUAUGAACAGUACAUCAACCAAGUGCUGAAAGCUUAUUUGCUUGACAACGUCAAUAUUGUUGGCUACACUGCUUGGUCUCUGCUGGACAACCUGGAAUGGGCUGUUGGAUAUACAGAGAGAUUUGGACUUUUCUAUGUCAAUCGCUCAGACCCUGAUCUGCCUCGAACCCCCAAAGCCUCUGUGUCCUUUUACUCCUCCAUUAUCAGCUGUAAUGGGUUUCCUGACCCAACAACUGGACCUCACGAGUGUUGGAACUCUACCUCCAUCCCAACUUCCACUCCUAAGCCUGAAGCAACAAAAGAGCCAAUCAAAUUGAACUUCUUGGGUAUGAGGAUCUCUGCCGAAGAAGCCGAGACCGGACUUAAUGCAACAUUUGCUCUUCUAAUUAUAGCACUCACUGCAGCAAUUUGUCUAAUCAUUGGCUUCUUUUUAUUCAAGAAGCGUUCCAAGAAAAGCAAAAAAAAUGAGCAUGUAGAAAUGCACAAGAGAUCCUGAUUUCAGUUUGACUUACUUCUUUAAUGAAGACAUAAACAUGUGAAGUCCAGGUUUAAAUUUGAAGAUGGAAAACAUUCUGCAAUAAAUAAUCUUCAGCAAAGAAGUCAGAGUUCACCAACACUGUAUGUUGUAAUUGUACUGUAUUUAAAAAAGAAAAAUAGAUGUAAUUAAUUCAUAUAAUCAGUGAUGUGGAGAGGAGAUUAUUGCUUGAUGGGAGUUUUUUGGAUAUGUCAUUCAAUGUCUGAGAUGAAUGGAUGUAAUUUUUGAUUUGCACUGCUGUUUAUGCUUUUAAAACAUUUCUGUUCCAUAUUAAGCUUACUGAAGUCCACCAGUGGGAAAACCCAUUUUGUAAAACUUUAGAUUUGUUCAACCUAUUGUAAAAUGUUUCUUGUGUCUGCCAGUAACUUAUAGUUUCCUUGAAAACCUAUUAUUGUCUACUUUCUCUUGCUUGUCCUGUGAAACUUCUGUUCAAUAAACAUAUUAUGAUUCAUCAAACUGUA